AUGGGUUACAAGUCGCUUUUCCCAGAUCUUGAGAUCCCCAAGUGCAACGUUCUCUCGUUUCUCUUUCCUCAGGGCAAACAGCCCUCGGAUCAAGCCAUAUGGAUCGAUGCAGCGGAUCCACGACAUUUCCUAACACCUCGCCUGUGUCUAUCAUGGGUCAGGCGGCUGGGCUUUGGGCUUGAUAGACUCGGCAUCGGGAGGCAACAAGUGGUGAUGAUUUUCACUCCAAAUCACAUUUUCGUGCCUGUUGCAUACCUGGGCAUUGUCGGGUCAGGGCGUAUCUUCAGUGCCGCCAACCCAGUUUAUACUGUCAAUGAAGUCGAGUACCAGAUCAAGAAUACCGGAGCCUCAUGCAUAUUUGUGCAUCCCGAUCAUGUGGAGACAGCAGUGGAAGCAGCCCGCCGUGCUGGUCUCGACCAAAGCAAGAUCUUCCAGUUUUCAGACAAGCCUUGUCAGACAAAGACGGGUGUCCGGGAUUGGAGAGAAGCCAUGGCAGGAAGUCAGUCGGAAGCAGAAUCAUGGCAGUGGGAUUCCAUGACAGAGACGUCGACAACCAAUAUCGCAACCAUCAAUUACUCCUCAGGCACGACAGGACUACCAAAGGGGGUUUGCAUCUCUCAUCACAACCUUCUAGCAAAUGUCGUCCAAACUAUUUUUAUGCGCGACCUAGAACAACCAUACAACAAGCGAAGUCAACCGCAAGAGCGGUGGGUUGGGUUCUUACCGUUAUAUCACGCCUACGGACAAUUAUAUGUCAACUUGAUUGCGCCAACUCUCUUAUUUCCAACAUAUGUGAUGAAGAAGUUUGUCUACGAGGACUUCUUGGGGGUAAUUCAAACACACCAAAUUACGAAUCUUCAAGUUGCACCACCCAUUCUUAUCAUGCUAGAUAAGCGACCAGAGACUGUAAGGUAUGACCUGAGCAGUGUCAAUCACAUUCUUUGCGGUGCAGCACCUCUCAGCAAAGAGCUUCAAAGAGCGGUUGCAAAGAAGGUCGACUGCAACAUAAUUCAAGGUUGGGGUAUGACAGAGGUGACCUGUGGCUCGCUACUUGUUCCCGGAGGCCGAUACGACGAGUCUGGCAGCGUCGGGCUGAUCCUGCCUAACCACGAGUUCAAGCUCCUCGACGAUGAUGGGAAGGAGGUUGCGGAAGGCCAGCCAGGCGAAAUGUUUGUCAGAGCACCCAAUGUCUGUGUCGGAUACUGGAGGAACGAGCAAGCAACAAAAGAAAGCCUGGACAGCGGAGGAUGGCUCAAGACAGGAGAUAUUGCAGUGGUGAAAGACAACUGGUUCUGGAUCGUCGACAGGAAGAAGGAAUUGAUCAAGGUCAAUGCCCUCCAAGUGGCACCUGCUGAGCUGGAGGCAGUGCUACUGGAGAAUGGGGACGUCGCAGACGCAGCGGUUACAGGGAUUACGCUUGGAGACGAAGAAUGGCCUCGCGCUUAUGUCAGCCUGAAGGAUAAGAAGAAAGGCCAAGUCACGGAAACUCAGAUACAAGAAUGGAUGAAAGGCAAGGUCGCAAAGCAUAAGCAAUUGGUGGGCGGCGUCAAAUUCGUAGAUGAGGUACCUAAACUGGCGUCGGGCAAGAUUCAAAGGAAAGUUGUGAGGGAGUGGGCCAAGAGGGACGCCCUGGAGCUGGAAAAGGGGGGACGGCCUCGUCUGUAG